AACUGAGCGUGCCAAAACAUCAUCUGUCACUUUCCAAGCAAAAUUUUGGAAGCUGCGCGCUUUGCAACCGCACUGGCACGACUUCUGCAUCCUCGCAAAAAUUUCAAUCCCCGUUAAUUGCAAAAACAAAUCCAGUUUGCAAUUCGUUUGGUCUAUUACAUUUCUCGAUUUCAAAACAUACUCAGUGAAGAAAAUGUCCGAAGGUCAGGAAAGCGUCCCCGAAGGAUGGGAAAAGCGUACAAGCCGGUCCACAGGCAUGACCUACUACCUAAACAUCUACACCAAAGAAUCACAGUGGGACCUUCCAACCAAGCCGGCCAGCCCGGAGCAGGACACGGCCGAGGUGCAGUGCGCCCACCUGCUGGUCAAGCACAAGGGUUCCCGUCGGCCCAGCUCCUGGCGGGAGGAUAACAUCACCCGCAGCAAGAGCGAAGCCUUGCAGAUCCUGGAAGGCUACCGGAAGCAGAUCCAGUCCGGCGAAGCGACCCUCCCGGAACUGGCACAGCAGUACUCCGACUGUAGUUCGGCCAAGCGGGGCGGCGAUCUGGGUAUGUUCAAGCGCGGCAUGAUGCAGAAACCGUUCGAGGAGGCGGCCUUCGCGCUGAAGGUGGGCGAGAUGUCCGACGUUGUGGAUACCGAUUCCGGGGUGCAUUUGAUUUUGAGACUUAAGUAAGUGUGGGGGUGUUUAAUUGUAGAACGGGGGAGGGAUUGUUUGAAGGAUAUCGCGAUUGGGAUUGAAUAUUGUGAGGAAAUAAAGUCAGAAUCGAUGGUAAUGGCCAUUGAAUAGAAUAAA